CGGCACAUCAAGUGACAUCUUAUUCCCUUAGUUUAACCUUUAUCUCCAACCAACGGCUCUGCUUGGCAUCCUAUCCCGUGCGCUGCGCCGGUGCUUGGCAAACCUCGAUGAUUUGCCUAUAAAUCCAGUCAGAGUAUCCAACAACUGGUCAUUAUUAUUAUUCCAAAAUCAUCCUUCCUCCUUCCAUUCAUUUCUUUUUGAAUAACUUCCAUCAACUUAGCAAUCUACUACAACUGUCCCCCACAUCCAUCCAUCAUGAAUGACACUGGCACCUUUCCAGCAGAGUUGCCCGACUGGAGCAACCUCAAGGUGAUUCACCAAAACACACUUGAGCCCAGAAGCCACUUCUAUCUGUACAACUGUGAGGUUGACGCCCUUACAAGGGAUAUCUCACGAGCAAAGGCGCAAUGUCUCUCUGGCACAUGGAAGUUUUCUGUUUCCAAGUCGCCCUUCGAAGGACCACAGAACUUCUAUAAGAAGGACUUUGACAGCUAUGGAUUUUCAGAUAUCCAGGUCCCUGGAAUGUGGCAGCUUCAAGGCCACGGAAAGGGGCCUCAUUACACAAACUUUGAUUACCCUUGGCCAGUUGACCCACCAAAUGUCCCCUACCAGGAUAACGAAUGCGGUCGUUACAUCACACGAUUCACUGUGAGAGACGACUUCGCAAAUCACCAGCUUCGCCUAAGAUUUGAAGGCGUCGACUCUGCGUUUAGUGUAUGGGUCAACGGAAAGAAAGUUGGGUAUUCACAAGGCGCUCGAAACCCUAGUGAAUUCGACAUCACCCAAUACGUCGACGACGCUGGUGAGAAUGUUCUUGCCGUCGAGGUCUAUCAGCACUGUGACGGGCGCUAUCUGGAAGACCAGGAUGAGUGGUGGCUAAGUGGAAUAUUCCGUGACGUCUACCUGCAUGCAUUCCCAAAAGUGCAUCCAGUCGAUUAUCAUGUGACGACGGAAUUCGACAAAAAGUACGAAAAUGCCACACUCAACGUCAACUUGCAGAUGUGCACGGCGUCGGGCGUGGAAGUCAAGUUGUUUGAUACCCAAGGCCAGCUUGUUGCACAAGAUAACAAAGCUAUUCAAACGACUGGAAAGUUUUCCAUCAAUGUUAACAAGCCUCUAAAGUGGACUGCUGAAACUCCUCACCUUUACACACUCGUCCUCAACGUUCUUGACAGAGAUGGCUGUAGUGUUGUUCAGCGAGUGGGAUUCAGGACUACCGGGCUUAUUGACGGUGUCUUCUGCGUGAAUGGUCAGCCUAUCAAGAUCCGAGGAGUAAACAGGCACGAAAACCAUCCCGACUUUGGUCGAGCAGUCCCCUAUGAAUUCAUGCGACAAGAUCUUCUCACUAUGAAGCGUCACAAUCUCAAUGCGAUUCGCACAUCGCAUCAAAUAAAUGACACAAGACUGUACGAUGUUGCUGAUGAGCUCGGUCUCUGGAUCCUUGACGAAGCCGACUUGGAAUGUCAUGGAUUUGGCGUCGUAGGUGGCGACGCCUCCAAGUUCACUUCGGAUAACCCAGAUUGGAAGGAGGCCUAUGUUGACAGAGCCCGACAAAUGGUUGCUCGUGACAAGAAUCACGCCUGUGUCAUCCUAUGGUCCCUCGGAAACGAAUCCUUUUAUGGCCGGAAUCAUCAAGCCAUGUACGACUGUAUCAAGGAAAUGGAUCAGACACGUCUGGUUCACUACGAAGGUGAUGGCGGCGCCCAGACAGCUGAUAUUUUCAGCUGGAUGUAUCCAGGUAUCGAUUCCAUUGAUAACUUUGGAAAAGAAAGAGACUGGAAAAAGCCCCUCAUCAUCUGCGAAUUCCUUCAUGCAAUGGGAAACUCUUGCGGUAAUGCAAAGGAAUACAUUGAAUCGUUUUACAGACACCCUCGUCUCAUGGGUGGAUUCGUGUGGGAAUGGGCAAACCAUGGUCUACGAAAGAAAUCAGAUCGCGGAGAAGAGUAUAUGGGGUACGGAGGUGACUUUAACGACUUCCCCAAUGAUGCCAACUUUGUCAUGGAUGGCAUGAUGUUUUCCGAUCAUAGGCAUGGGCCGAAUCUGAUUGAAUACGCCAAGGCUAUUGAACCCAUCCAGACAGUAUCCUUUAAAGAUGGUAUCGUUGGAGUCAUCAAUCGAUACGACUUUCUGGGUAUUGAGCAUCUCAGUGUGACUUGGGAGAUUCGGACGGACGGCAAUACCACAAAGGCCGCCAGUGGCCGUACUUCGUUGAUUCAAGAUGCAUUGCCACAUACUGAAGGGCGAAUUCGACUUGACGGAUUCCACAACGACCUUUUGCGCACUUUGUCUGGAGAAUCAUACAUUCAUUUGUCGUACAAACUCAAAAACUCUACAAAUUGGGCAACCGCGGGCCAUGAAGUCACGUUUGGCGAGAUACAAAUCUCCAAACCUCGACCGUUAACAGACUCGAUUCCUACACAGUUGACAUUGGCAAAGCCUAAACUAGCUAGGGCCUCUGGCAAUCGUAUAGUUAUCACCUCAGCUACGGGAGUCUCCAAGUGGGCGAUAGACCAGGCUCAUGGCAACAUUGUCAGCUGGACCAGAGCAGCACACCCAUCUCAAGAGCUCAUUACUGAAGGCACAUUUAUGGACUUUUACCGUGCUAUGACUGAUAAUGAUAGCCGUGGUCAUGGCUGGCAAUGGCGCGACCGCUAUGUCCACCAGACCUCCAACAACACGAGGCAGGUGUCCUGGAAGGAUGUUGACGGCGGUGUUCAAGUGCAAGUAAAGAGCAGGAUUGCACCAGUAGUUAAAGCAUGGGCCGUGGAUACAACCUUUACAUAUACAUUCCGCGGAGACUCAUUGCAUAUCAGGGUUCAGGGCAAGCCAGGGGGACCGCUAUUGCCUGACACAUUUGGAAGAAUCGGCCUUACCGCAGGCAUCGCUGGCGUUGAUCGGGUCCGUUGGUGGGGAAGAGGCCCGGGUGAAUCAUACAUUGACAAGAAACUUUCGCAGUCUGUUGGACAAUGGGGUUCGACUGUGGAUGAAUGCUGGAAUGACUAUGAAUUUCCACAGGAUAACGGCAACAAGACAGACGUACGAUGGGUGGAGCUCCUGGGCAGCAAUGGCGAGCGUAUCCUACGCGCCAACUUUGGUGCUUUCAACGGUGCCAGUUUCUCCACGAUGCAUUACUCGACAAAGGAUCUCGACGAAGCUCGCCAUACCCACGAAAUCCAUCGCAAGAAACGGGCCGAUACUGUUCUUCGCUUGGACUGGAAAAACCAUGGUCUUGGAGGCGCAUCGUGUGGACCGUGGACGUUGCCUGAAUACCAGCUGCAAGCCAACCAAGAGUUUGAUUUUGAAGUUUUGUUAGAGUAGCCGUAUCCAAUCAUAAGAAAUCGAUUUUUGUU